GAGCCUAGAGAUCGUGUCGUGUUUUUGUCGAAAAUGUAGGGUGUCCCGGUCAAAACAGUCCAUUAGACUCCCUAUGCUGUGCAAGAGUAGUCGACUCUGGCGUGCACAUAUCGCGUUUACUCGCAAUUUGAAAAAAAAAACAGUGUACGCUUGCCGUCUCGUUCUAGGCGACUUUGUCGCGGUCGAGGCGAAGUAGAUACCCGAGAAAUCAGUAGAUGGAUUUAAAUGAAGGAAUUUCGCGAAGCAAUUUAACAAGAUAGCUCUGAGAAAGCUACUUUCGCGAAAUACGUGAGAAACUAAACCAAGUGUGAUUUUACUGAAAUUCAAAGUUUUAUGAAAAUCGGUUCAGCAAACUUGUCAGGCAAAUAAAAAGUAUCUUUCGUAUGCAUCGGGCGGUGGUGAAGUUAUCUUAUAGCAGAAAGAUUUUUCGCCUUGAGGUCUACGGAAGGGAAGCAUGCUAUCUCUAUCAAUCGUUUUGAAUUGAAUCUCCGCCAUAUUCCUUUUCAAAAUAUGUUUCUCCCAGCCUGUUGUGAGCUCUGUCGUUGAAUUUUCGUCCGAAAGAAAAUUUUCAUGCGAGUUUUCUCAACAAUAGCCCUCGUUGACGCGGAAGAAAAUUACAUCUCCAUUCGAAUUUUCGACACCAAUAAGAUUGGUAUUGGUGAAACCCAAGUGCAAUAUCCUCCCAGAAUAAGUGUUCAGUGUAAUUAGGUUUCAAAACCUCUAUCCCUUUAGAAUAUGUGCCCGAAAUCAUAAAAAUCUCCACCAUAGAGAAUUCCGAUGCAAAUGCAUUUCACCAACACAACACAGCAAUCUCACCAACAAGGAAAAAAAUGUAAAUAAGUGUCAGCUCUUUCGCACAUUGUGGAUUAUUGCGUUAGAGUAAGUGAAAAACAAGAGGUCAGUUCAAUGGCUCUCGUGUGCAUGUGAAAAAGAGAAAAAAAAAGUGUUUAUUCCAACACCAAUCCAUACACCAACAGAAAAAAAAUUUCAGUAAUCAAGUGCAAAAGGGAAAUUUUUCAAUAUAAGUUGGUAAACCAAAAAAAAUUCCCAUAAAUUCGAUUAGUGUGUGAAAUUAAUCCUACCAUCUCGCUCCCUUAUACAAUCCAUAGUGCAUGAGAAAUUGGUGAAAGAGGGAGAUGGCUGGCAAGUGUCUGUCAAGCUAACACAGCGAGCAAGUGUUUAUACAUGAAUACAAAAUCGAGCCCCCAUCGCGAAAACGGUAGGGGUUAAUUAUGGAGUGCAACUGAAAUUGUCAAACAAUCUAGAAAUAUAAUGGAACCAAAACCCACGGAAUUUGUUUACAGACAUUUUUCAACGCUGCUUACAACUAUAAUGUCGGAGGAUACCUCCUUCAUUGGUGAAUAGAAUGGGCCUUAGACUUUGCUUACUAAAAAGCGCGCUUGAGUCUGAGUUGGACGCAUUUUGAGAAGGACUUGGCUCAGUCUCGCAAUUAGUGUGAAGUAUGAGCUCCGUGGAUGCCGAGGUGAAUGAUGAAUGGGUUGCCAAUAAUGAAGUGUUGGAAAGCUUGCAAGUGAGUGGUACAGCCAAGGACUCUGAAGACGAGAAAGAAGAACUAGAGACGAUACCGAUAGACGAAUGUUCAGAUACCUUAAAAGUUAUAGAUGUCAAACUGCCUAACAAAAUACAUUCACCAUCAACAAGUUCAGUUUUAUCCCUACCACCCCUUCCUGAUUUGAUACCCAUCAGAAAAGCCAGUGUGAAUUUGUCAAACCUGCCGGGAAAUCCGCAAAAGGUAUCUGGCUUGGAAGGCGAGCAGGAGGAAGACCCAGGAGAAUCUAGUCACUCGAACGAGGCAGAACAAGUUAUUUCUUCAGAACAUUCCGAUGGAUGUGCUGAGGAGGCGACCGAAGUACCUAACACAGCGGAAGAAGUGGAAUCUGGAAUAGAGCAACUACAACUCUCGCCAGCAGCUACACCGCCUAUUGUAAAUACCGAAGACAAUCAAAUAGCUGCCUCUGAAAGCAAUGCUAGUAAUACUACCAUCAGUAACAUUAACGAACCAAGUGAUCAACCAUCGGCAAUGCAAGAACUCCAACCAGACCAACCUAUGGUCCAGCACCGCAAAUCCGAUCGUCGGCGAGUCGGCCGUGACAUAUUCUUCUUCUUUGAGGAGCAUCCAGCCAAUCGCCGAAAGAGUCGCCAAACAAAGCGGAGUCCACAAAAACGUGGUCGACCUCGGGCCGGGAAAACCCAGCCUCCGCCUAAACUACAAAUACCACAGCCAACAAAAAGAGAGGCUUUAACCUCACCUGAAGCAACAACACCAACAACAACAGAUUCUACACCUACAACACCGCGUGUCAAUCCAAUUUUCCUUUGGGUAAAACAAGAUGACACGCGAAUCGUCGAAGUUCGCUGUGAGGACUAUGAUAAACGCAAUAGAAUAAGACUUACAAAAACGGCCAAUGGCUGGCGUGCAAUACCCAGAACUGAUCCAACCAGCUCCAGAGUGGUCAAGCUUCUCCCAAAUCCUAUGGUUCAUGUGAAACAGGAACCAAAACCGGACCUACUCCAGAGCACCUCUAUUGAAAGCGACCCUUCAAAAGCAUCUGAAACUGCUUGUUCAUCCCAAGAAGACUACGAAGCGAUGAAAACAAAGAAGAGCAAGAAAAAGAAAAAGAAGAAGAAGAAAAGGAAACACGAUGAAGACAAAGAAAGAGAGAGCGAAAAACCUGCGACAGAAGAAGAGCGGAAUGAACCAUGUACACCAGCUUCUGUCGAUCCGCUAUCAGAUAUUCCAAAAAUUCUUUCACCCGCUCCUGCCGAUAUUGUCAUUUACGAGAGCACCAAUCAUGAACGGAACGAAUCAGAGCAGGACGAGCAAAUGGAAGUGGGUCAUUCAGAUGUUGCGGAUGAAAAUUCCGCACUGAUAGAACCAAACAACAAUGACUCAACUGUUGAUUUAACCAAAAACCUAACUCAACUCAGUGAUGAUAUGGAACUGAAUAUGCCGCAAUUUAUUAUUCGGCCUGGCAAUUCUGAACCAGAAAUGAUCCUAUGUCCUGAAACUGGUGAGUUCAGACGCAUUGACCAAGUAGGUCAACAACAAUCCGCUACUGUUGACCUAACAAAUAGCGAGGCAGACCUGAAUGAAAGUUUCGAUGUAGACACAAAACAUUUGAAAGAACUGCUUGAUAAUGAGGACCUGCUGAGUCAUUGUGACAGUGGCAUGACUGGAGCGGAACUCAUUGACUCUCUUGUGAAAAGAGGUUGUGAAGACAACCACAUAUCAGAGGAGGACCAACAUCAAAUCAAAGAAACAAUAUGUUUGACAGACGAUUUCGAAAACGAAGAAGAAGAAAUAUUGAUGCGUCCAGAACCAGUUGAAGACAUCAUCUCACGGCUGGGAGAAUCCCUGACCACAUCUCCUAAAUGUCUCUCAUUCAAUGAAGCUGGGGAAAUUGAAGGAUUACAUGGUGAACUCUUUCAGAACUCAUCAAACCAAAGCGAUCCUUUCAACAGUCGAAACACACUGGAAGAACUGUCAAUCACUAUCAAAGAUCUUGAAUCUAUCCCAGCUAAAACGACCGUUGAGCAGGCUCCCAAUGAAGCUCCCGAAACGACAACCAUUGUCUCACCAGAUUCCUGCGUUGAUGAACUGCCAAAAGAUUUAACAUGUAAAAAGGUUUCUGAAAAUUCAGCUCUUACGAAAAGUAAAGAUCAUCCUCAGAACAACAUUCACCAGCAGCAGAUGCCACCGCAACCGCAACGAACGAAUUCUCGAAGUUCGGAUGCAAUACAAUCGCCACAGCCAAGCGGUCUGCCUGCUGUUCCACCAUCACCUGAUAUAGUGCAUUCCAAUAAGACAAAGAGCAUGUUUUUGGAUCAGCUUCUAAACCAAAACUCUACUAGCCCUAAGAUAUGUUCCUCAGUAACGGUAACGCCUGUAAGUAUGAUAAAUUCUACGACAAAAGUCGCACAACAGAAAGAACCCCUCGACUUGGGUAAACAUCGUAAGUCGGCAAGUCCUACUGUAUCCUGUUCUGAGGAGGCUAAGCGAACCAUGUCAAGCGAUGAACCAGUUCACAAGCGAAUCAAAACCGAACCAGUGUCAACAAAUGAUCCUAAGAACGGUACUAACAACUCUGAUUUGGCUGACCUACUUCAACCAGCUAAGGAUCCUGAUCCUCUAACGCAGCUAAGACUUCUUAUAAGCAAUCCUGAAUGGAAAGUACCUGAUCCAAUUUUGGUGCCAAAGGAUCGGUUGAGUGCCGUACUGGCGUCGCCUGCUCGCGAAAUACCGCUUUUACUCACCACUAGGCCAGAACUAAGGUUACCCGAGGCAUUUGCGUAUCCGUCAAUUCUAAAAGACCCAGACAUAUUGGUUAUAUCAAUGGCACAAUUGGAAGCAAUUCUUCAGAAACAAGUCGAGAUAACACGACCUAAGAGUACUCCAGUGCCGCAGGUUACAAUAGAGCCUGUCACCCGGCCAAGACAAGACAAACAGGCUCAGCAACAUGACGUUGAUAACAGAAACAAGAAUAACAUGUUGAAUCCACUGGCCCCACUGAUGACACCUGGGUUAGCGAAUGAUAUAGAUGCAGCUACGCUGGCUGCAUUCAACCAAAUGUUCUGGCUCCCAUAUCUUAGUCAAAUGGCUCCUGAACUUUUCAAGGCCAUGGCAGGACUGCCGAAUAAUGCUAACCUUGCUGAGCUUCUGCCAUUCUUGGCACAGCAACAACAACAACAGCAGCAGCAACAGCAAAAGCUUCAGCAUCAACAACAACAGCAACCGCGCAAUCUGUACAACCCCCAAUUCAAUGCCAACGCCAUGGCAUUCCAGAAUCCCUUAGAGCUUGCCAUGUGGCAAGAGGCUUUAGGUCAAGCUCAAAUGCAGCAGGCGCUAAAGAUGCAGCGCGAAAACCAACAAUCAACUCACAAAAAGCCAACAACGCCUACAGACGCCAAACCGAAUGUUCGUCAACAACAUAAUAUGACAGCCUCGCUGCUCGCACAAAACAAACAACCACAACAGCAACAAAAGACUCGCACAAACUACGGUAUCAAUCCAUUCAGGACGGAGUUCAAUAGAAUGCCAAAUCGGCAAGGGAACAACACUUCGCGAACAGACAACCAAUUCCUGUCACCCAGUAGUAAAGCCACUAAGCAAUCCCAGCAAAGUCAGCAUCAGGCAACGCAGCAAAAUCAAAAUUCCAACCCCAGUGGCGAACAAAAGCCUCGUGUCACUCUCAAAUCCCUGUCGAAUCUCCUCGAACCCGAACGUCUGCUUAGUCAAGGUGAUCCAAAAAUGUCGGCCAAUCUAAUGGCAAUGCCUGGGUUUGAUUUCACUCAAAAUCAGCAAUCGCUGCAACAGCAACAAUAUCAAUUCGGUCAAUUUGGUAGCACUGCAGGCGGUGUUAGCCAAACUCAACAUCAACAACAUCCGCAACAUCCUCAGCAGCAACAACAACAGCAACAAACCCAGGCGCAACCACAGCUCCAGGGUAAACUGAAGGUGAAACCUGGCGCCCAUCUUUUGGAUCCCGCAGCGAUGCAGAGGAGAUUGUUGAAUUAUGACGAAAUACCGGAAGUUGGUAGUACCACAAAUGGAUUGGAUGAUAUGAUGAAUGAUCCUAAUGCACCGCUAUGGCAUCCAUUGUUUGGAAGCAAUCAAAAGACUGGCUACACAAGUCCAUGGCAAUGGACCACCGUGACAGCGACCGGCGAAUGACAUAUAGGGGCUCGAAAAGAGCCCUCAAUGAAUGGUGGUGGUAACAACAAUAUCAACAAUAACAAUAAUUCACUUAGUCAAAUCAAUGGCAAUACUAUCAUCAAUAGUAAUAACAACAGCAGUAAAAACAGCAGCAGCAACAACAACAAC